GUCUAAUACUAUUACGUUAGGUAGUAGAUAGGUACCCAUUUCAUUGCAAGUUCUUCUUCAAUUUGGCAGAAGACGAAGACUAACUCCUAGUCAUUCCUGCUUUCCUAGCUUGAAUGAAUUAAAAAACCUUUCCCCGGCCCCUUGCCACUUACAAAUACUACUCGAUCUUCCCACUCAUCAGUUACGCACUGAUCGAUCCUUACUUGUCUCCAAUCGAUUGGAAUCACAAGUCAUGGAUGAACAACGCUGUGACUUGAAAUACUUGCACUCGGACCAGAGCUUUCUGGGGCUCAGUACUAGUUCCGAUCAUCGUCUAGUUGAACCCCCAAUAAAAGAAGAAACAUUAUUCAAAGAGAUCAAAGAAGUUGAUUUCUUUUCCAAUAAUAGACUUCCCGAUCAACCGGCGCCUGGUCAUGCCGAGCUGACCACUCUUCAGCUUCAAGUUGAGUUACAGCGAGAAUACGAAGAGAAUCAAAAGCUCAGAACCAUGUUGGACCAAAUCACCAAAAGCUACAAUGGGUUGCAGGCUCAGCUGCGCAUGAUCAGACUUCAAGAGCAGCUGCAAAUUUGUGCAGAAGACAGCAUUAAUCUUGAUCCGAAGUUAUCCUUCCUACAUGAUGAUCAAUACCCCAAAAGUAGUUCUCAUCACGAUCAUGAUCAAGAACAAGUUCUUGCUGCUACUGAUCAUGAUCAGGUUCCUUCAAGAAGGGCUAGGGUCUCCGUACGAGCAAGAUCGGAAGCUCCCAUGAUUAGAGAUGGAUGUCAAUGGAGGAAAUACGGUCAAAAGAUGGCCAAGGGUAAUCCUUGUCCCCGUGCUUACUAUCGCUGCACUAUGUUCGCUGGAUGCCCCGUUCGGAAACAGGUGCAAAGAAUGGCAGAGGACAAGACCAUUCUGAUAACAACGUAUGAAGGUAAUCACAACCACCCUCUUCCUGCAGCUGCGAUAUCUAUGGCUAAUACCACAUCAGCAGCAGCAGCCAUGUUGAUAUCGGGUUCAACAACCAGCAAGGAAGCUCAUCAUCAUCUAACACACCCUACAGGCUUGUUCUCUUCUCUUCAGCCGCUCUAUGGUUCAUCCAUGGCCACCUUUUCAACCUCUGCACCAUUUCCCACAAUCACACUGGACAUGACCCGCACCCCUAACCCUAACCCUAAUCCCAUGCAGUUCAUGGACAGUAGUGCCACAUUUCCUAAUCCUUUGCAGGGUAAUAGUCAUCCGCUUAUAGGGCACCCCAUGUGUUUGAAUUUCCCUCAGCAUAAUCAUGCAGCGCUAACACCAGCGGCAAUGCAACUAGCAGAACAACCCCACGGUUCGAUGGUUGAGACAAUAACUGCAGCCAUUACUUCUGACCCGAAGUUCACUACAGCCCUAGCUGCUGCCAUCUCAAGUAGAAUGAAUAAUGUUGAGAAUAUUAAUGCUGGAUUACAUGGAAAUACCAAUGGUAUUAGUUCCCUUAACAGUAAUGGGAAUGGGGUUGCGCAGCAUUAUCUGGCUCCCCACAGCUUCCUCAAUCCUGUACCACUUUCUCCACCACCUAAUCCUGCAUGCAUGAUGCAUGGGGUAUAUAUGCAGUAAAGUGAAGUAUUUAUCACAAGACGCGAUCUUGCUGGUGAGCAGUGACCGUGAUAGAAUGAUUUGUUGGACUAGUAAAUGAUAUGGAGCUCUUAAUUACUAGCUACAUGCCCAAUGAGAUCAAAUUAUUGUAAAUUUGAAGCAGUUGAAUACAAAUGUGCACUAUAUUUCAAAGUU